GGUCCAGCAGCGAGGACGGCUUCCUGCAGCAUCGCACCACCUAUAGCGGAACACUAAGAUCAUGAUGGCCUCCACGCUCUCCAUGCGCAGCUACUCUGUUCGCCAGCCGUCCUUCUCCAGCGUGUCAGUGAGGGACAGCGGGCGCAGCGUCCGCUCCAAACCGCCCAUCCCCUCCCUGUCCACCGCUGGCGCCUUGUCGCUGUCCCGUUCCGUCUCGGUGGGCAACGGACUCAACCUGCUGGGAACGGGCCUUUCGAUUAACGGGCUGGCGGUGGCCGCCAGCGAGAAGGAGACCAUGCAGGGUCUGAACGACCGGCUGGCCAACUACCUGGACAAGGUGCGCUCGCUGGAGAGGUCCAACGCCGAGCUGGAGGUGAAGAUCAAGCAGCUGAUGAUGGAGAAGGCGCCCAAAGGCCACGAUAUCGAGGGGAUGAUGGCGCAGGCCCACGCCAUCGGGCAGGAGGUGAGGAAGCGGACGCUGGAGAACGCACGCAUCAUGCUGGAGAUCGACAACGCCAAGCUGGCAGCUGACGACUUCAGGGUCAAGUGGGAGGCGGAGGCCACCCUGUGCCAAUCUGUGGAAAGAGACUGCCAGGCUCUGAGGCGAGCCAAGUCCGACCACGACCAGAUUAUCUCCACGCUGCGAGGAGACCUGGACAGCCUGAAGGAGGAGCUCUAUUUCCUCAAGAAGAAUCAUGAGGAGGAGAAGAGCUCUUUGAAGGCCCGUCUGGCCAACGAGCAGGUGAACGUGGAGGUGGACGCGGCACAGGGUCCGGAUCUUGGUGCCAUCAUGGCUGAACUGAGGGUCCAGUAUGAGGGCAUCGCACGUAAAAACAAGGAGGAGGCCGAGGCUUGGUACCUGAAGAAGCUGGAGGCGGUGCAGUCGGAGGUGAAGGAAAGCAACGAGGCCCUGCGCUGUGCCCAGAGCGAGCUGAGCGAGAGGCGACGUUUCCUGCAGGCGUUGGAGGUGGAGCUCGACAGCCUUCGCAAGCAGGUAGGCGUGCUAGAGGGGAACCUGGCGGAGACGGGACACAAGUACUCGCUGGAGAUGGAGCGUCUCCAGGCCACGCUGACCCAGCUGGAGGACGAGCUGUCCCAGCUGCGUCUGGACAUGCAACGCAACAAGACCGACUACGAGCAGCUGCUGCGCAUCAAGCAGAACCUGGAAAUGGAGAUCGCCACCUACAGGAGGCUGCUGGAAGGAGAGGAACUGGUGAAAGAAACACCUCCACCUCCUAAAAAAGACCCUGACGUGCGUACCAGGAAGAUAGUCAAGGUGGUCACGCAGACCAUGAUCAACGGCAAAGUGGUGAACGAGUCCAGCGAAGUGGAGCAGAUUGAGGAGCGCAAAAAAUGAGUCGAGCUGUCCCGUCACCAAACUUAAAGCCUCCAACCCCACCCCAUGAAAAAGUACCUUGCGGCCUAGGAAGACCUUCUCGUGUGAUGUUUUCAUGUGUGCUUCCAUGCCAAAAAGCUCCUGACAUGCAUACACUGCAAUUUAAAAAAAUGUAAUCGUACGGUGAGGUUCAUGGCUGGUGAGGCGCCGACUUUUUUUUCACGUUUACACAGGUUGCUCAUUAAGAGGAAAACUAGAAAAAGCUGAGAAUAAGUCACUUAAAGACAAAAAAAAUUCUUCAAAUGUGCCAUUUAUUUACAUUUUUAUGAACUGGAAAAUGUUUGUGUUCUGCAAAAAAGUAUGUAGGGGGGGCACAUUGGAGAAAAAGAAAUGUUGGAAAAUUACAAGAAAAAAAGUCGGACUAUUACCUUUGCCCAAGGCUAAAGGUCUCAGGCUAUGUCUGUUACGACCAAAUAUUAGCAUAAUUUGAGCCAGUGGCUUCAGCCCCCCUAAAUAAAAAAAAAUAUUUUUUUUCUUGAUUUUUUUUUAAUACAAAUUUCUUUUUUGUAAAAGUCGUAAUAUUACAUAAUCUGAGGAUUCGAGAAUGAAGUCAGAAAUUUAGAAAAGAAAAAUAUUUAGAACAAUAGUUAUAAAUUUAUAUAAGUAUAUAAUAGUUAUAAAUAAAAAGUUGUAAAUUGACUGAAUAAAAUUGUACAUUUUACGAGAAAAAAAGUUGUAACUUUACCAGAAUAAAGUUGUAAAUAUACGAGAAAAAAAGUCAUCUUUUCCUCAAAAGACGCUAAUGUAUGAAAAGGGGGGACUUUUGUGACCUUUGGCAUGUGGAGGGGGCGGGAUAAUGAGUUUAAUCUGUUGUGCUCAACUGCUUUAUUUUGCUGCCACGUUACAAAUAAAAGCUUGCCUGAUGCGAGAGGAAAGUCUCCUUCCUUCCUUCCUGAAGAGCGAUGCUCUAUUUCCCUCCGACACUUAAUAUUAAAACUUUAUUUUUAUACAUUUACGACUUUAUUCUCCAAAUCUCUAAUUAUUAUUUCCCCCCGCCCAAUGUGGCCCUAAUACGGGGUAGUGUUACCUUACCUUUUAUCUGUACAUGAAGUACAUGCAGUCUUUCCUUCUCCAGGAAGUCCCAAUACUUUGUGUAGGUCUUCCAUCUUGACAGUCAA